AUGGCCACUGCCAUUCUACCAACGGAUAACUUUCAUGCAAAUGUCGACGAUCAGCAUCUUGAAAUUUCUCGUCUUAUCUGGCUCGAUGCUAAUGUAAACGCCCAACAUACUCAAGAUAUAGAACAAAAAUUACGCUCUUUCAUUAAACAAGUCAAGCCGUUUCAAGAUGUAAAACAAUGUCAAAAAUAUAUUGAAGAACGAUCACAAAAUGAACGAUUAGUCAUCAUUGUAAAAGCUGUUUUAGUUGACUUUGAUGAACUCAUCGCUCGAAUAAAAGCUAAUUAUAAAGUUCAGAAAAUAGUAGAGGAAACAUUGUCAAUGAAUAUUUUGACUCCAACUACGGGUGCAGUUCAUUUAGAAGAAGAUAAACGAUAG